AUGGAGAUGGAAAGCAACCUUAUCAUGAAAAAUCAGAAGCUUGAAGCUUUUGGUAUUCUCAGAAAAGCUCUUAUAAUCUCUACAAGAAACACCAACUUCUUUAUCUUCACCAUUCUCACCUCCUUUCCUCUGUUCUGUUUCUUGGUUUACUAUGAGUCUUCUCUCCAAAAAUCCCUGGUUGAAAUCUCAAAAAUUCUAAAUCCACCCUACAAGCACAACAAUUUCAUUGGUUACAAUGCUUACUUCAACUUGAGUUGGUCAAUACCAUUAGACAUAGCCACAAAAUUGAACAAAGAGUUUCCUUAUGAGUUGACUCAUCUUGGUCUUCUCUAUCUGGUGCCUCUCCAUCUCCUAAAGCUCAGCACUGUGAUUGUGAUUGUCCAUCUGGCAUCAAAGAUAUACACGGAAGAGAUACCGACAACGAUGACUUUCAAAGAGAUGGUACAUAGACCCUUUGGCAAAACAAGACUGAAGGGCGCAUUUGUUACAUAUGUCUAUGUUCUUUUCUUGUCAACUUGUACUCUUCUAGGAUUGGCAUGGUUAGGAAUAACAUACUAUGCUCUCUUCAGGGACUUCAGCUUCAUGGAUGAUCGUGUUUCCUAUGCUCUCUUCAGGAACUUCAGCUUCACGGAUGAUCGUGUUUCCUAUGCUGUUCUUUGUUGGCCAUCUUUUGUAGCAUUGCUAACAAUGUAUUUGGCAUGGAGUUCUGUAUGGAAUGUGAGUGUUGUGAUUUCAAUUUUGGAGGGGACACGUGGAAUCAAGGCAUUUGGUCAAGCAAUAUAUCUCACCAGUGGUUGUGAGUGGAAAGGGUUUAUUUUGAUGCUUAUUUUCUGUGCUUGGGAAGUAGGUUUAAGGUUGCCAUGCCUCUACAUUGGCAGCUAUGAAAGAGGGAAUUAUAUUGGUCUUGUUGCACAGGUUAGCUUGUUCUGCUUUGGGAAUGUGCUGAAGUGGGUUGCCUGCAUGAUAUAUUUCUACGAUUGCAAGAACCGGGCUUUAGAGAAGAAGCUGAUUAUGAAGGGUAAGAAGAGAGCUGAAAGCUGUGGAUGA